GUCGGCAGAAACAACUUCUCAGACAGCGAAACGAGCAAAGGAAUACUACAACUCCAAACGAUAUUUGGAUUAUACUUUUGGCAGCACACUUUGACUGGAUUUUAAUAUUUCCGAGCUCUUCCGGAGACUUGUGGAUUACUAUUAUUUGGAUCAAAAUGACCCUGGAAGAAGUCGUUGGAUGCAAUAUUACUGAUACAAAAAUGGACACCGUGAGCCAAGCAUUGGAAGAGCUGCUGGUAGCAGCACAGAGACAGGACUGUCUUACAGUCGGCGUUUAUGAGUCGGCAAAACUGAUGAAUGUAGACCCAGAUUGUGCCGUACUGUGCGUUCUGGCCACCGACGAAGAGGACCAGGACGAUAUUGCGCUGCAGAUUCACUUCACGCUCCUUCAGGCGUUCUGCUGCGACAACGACAUCAACAUCCUGCGGGUGUCUGGACUGAGACGCCUCGCACAGGUGCUCGGUGAGCCAACCGUGGAUAACAGCGAGCCAAGGGAUUUCCACUGCAUCCUAGUCACUAACCCUCAAUGCCAACCACUCAAAUGCCAGGCACUGAAGGACGUGGGCAACUACUGUGAAGAGAGCCGUUGCAAAAACCAAUGGAUUCCAUAUCUGUCCCUGCAAGAACGCUGAACGAGUUGCGAGGCUAUUGAUGCAAUGAAGGAUGAAAGAGUCAUUCUCUGCGAAUGAAAGCCAAAGGGCUCGGCACCAGCAGCCGUUGACUGCUGCGUCAUGCGAAGGGGCUGUGAGAGAGAAAGUGGAGCUCUUGGAACUGUGCGCACGGACCGGUACAUUCCGCCCUACCCCUCCAGCUUGUCGUGUCCUCCGUUG